GCAGCGGCUGCAGCUGCAGCAACAAGUCGGGACUUUUAGAGUAAUGCAACAGAAGGCCUUUGAAGAAAGCAGAUACCCCUGGCAGGAGUCCUUUGAGAAUGUUGCUGUGUGCUUGCCAUUCCGCUGCCCGAGGUGCGGAGACCAUACCCGAUUUAGAAGCUUGUCAUCAUUAAAGGCCCAUCUGGAAUUCAGCCACAGCUACCAGGAAAGAACCCUCUUGACGAAAUGCAGCCUCUUUCCGUCCCUCGAAGACACAGACCUAGUCACGUCCUCGGAACCCCUGAAACUGGGGAAAUUGCAGAGCUGCGGCAACGUGGUGAAGCAGAAACCCAGCUAUGUUAACUUGUACAGCAUUGCACACGAGCACUGCAAGGACAGGAAGCCAUUCGAGGUGGUGGCCGAGAGACCUGUGUCCUACGUGCAGACCUACAGUGCAGUGGAUCUAUGUGCCGACCCGCUGGAUGGGCCGAGGGCCAGUCCCGGACUCCCCACCUCCGACACCAAAGCUGCUUUCGAGGCCCACGUCCGAGAAAAAUUCAAUCGGAUGGUCGAGGCCGUGGACAGGACCAUCGAGAAGAGGAUCGACAAACUCACCAAAGAGCUGGCCCAGAAGACUGCAGAACUGCUGGAAGUCCGGGCGGCUUUUGUCCAGCUGACUCAGAAAAAGCAGGAAGUUCAGAGACGAGAGCGGGCCCUGAAUAGACAGGUGGACGUGGCAGUGGAGAUGAUCGCGGGGCUGAGGCAACGCCUGACAGAAUCGGAGGAGGAGCUUCUCAGGAAAGAAGAAGAAGUUGUUACAUUCAACCAUUUCCUCGAAGCAGCAGCUGAGAAGGAGGUUCAAGGGAAAGCUCGGCUCCAGGACUUUAUUGAGAACCUGUUGCAGCGGGUGGAACUGGCGGAAAAGCAGUUGGAGUACUAUCAGAGCCAGCAGGCCUCAGGCUUCUGCCGGGACAUCAGUGAGCACGUGCUUACAGAUAGCUCUUCAAAUAGGAAGCCCAAAUGCCUAAGCCGAGGACACCCACAUGCAGUGUGUAACCACCCUGAUCUCAAGACUCAUUUUCAUCCAAAGGGAAGGAGCUACCUGAGAAAAGCCAAGGAUGAGAGGGCCAGCAUGCAGCCUGCUAAGUCCAUUCACGACCAGGCCGAAACCCCAAGAGAACUCUGCAGACCGCUGAAGAAAGGGGAGCCUCUGGGAUUAAGUCGGAAAGGCAACAUCAGGCCCAAAAUGGCCAAGAAAAAGCCAACAGCGCUCGUGAACAUCAUCUAAAAGGGUGGGUGGCCUGGACCGUCCUCCUGGGCUUUGGGGAAUGUUGUUCUAGGGGCCAACAAUAAUGUCCUUUUGACACAUCCCAUAGUAAGACACAAUGGGAAAGCAAAGGGCUAACACCUUUACUUCCUGUCUGUGCAAGCACGUGGAUUAACCAGAAUUUAACAAACGGGCAUCUCGGGGAACCAGAAUUUUAUUACAGGCUCCUUGUAGAAGCAAGAGGCAAAUUGCAGAAAUAAUUUUAAAACAGGAAGCAGUCUUUCUCAAAAGUUUAGUAAAACAAAGCUCCAUCUUCUAAAAUAGUUAGCCCAGUCUUCAGUACUUUCUGCAUCUGGAGUUCUAUGCAGUGCUGAUUGGCUCAGACCCAAGGCCACACAAGAUGUCAGGUGCUGAAAAAGAUUCAUCUAUACCCCCUGCUCAAAAUUGUGAGAUGAGGAACGGGAAUAUAAAUUCUCUUAAUAGCAGUGAAAAACAAAACUAUUUUUGUUUGUUUUUAACCUUCCCCUCAAUUAGUUUGAAAGCCUCCAAAAUACGAAUUUCUGUUUCCCAGUGUAUUCUGGUUAAUCAGGACAUUGGCAUAUGGGUUGCUACAGGGACUCCUCUAUUCAACUUCAGUUCUCAUUUGGAUGGACUGUUUUCCAGCUUGUUUAUUUGAUUCAGGUUUUUUGUUUCCCCGGAUGCAAGUUUGUUGAGACUUUGGUGCACCUCUGCUGUCUUCUUUGGCUGGGUGUUCUGCACCCUAACACCAUGCUCCAGCCUCUAUCUUAACAGCUGUCUCUAUCGCUGUGGUUGCAGGAGAACAUAAAACACAUCACGGGCUCAGGGUCUGAAUGGUUGGACGUCAACGAAUUGCACGUGCAGUGCGUUGUGAGCCAUCCUGGAGACACGCAGCCCUUCCCCAAGGCCUUCCCCUGGCAAUGUCCACGGCCUCUCUGUGAGCUGCAGGCAUGGCUUUCUCCUUGCUGGCCUACCUUGUCCACCUCCUGCUGCUUCUGUGCCCUUUCAGGAUUAAAAUAUAUGAUGUUACCUUUCAGCCAGCUGUCUGCACUGCUUCCUAAAGUAGCUUCUGAAAUAAACAGUACAUGUGGGAUCUGGAAUCUGAGACUGUCCUCCUCUCCUGCCCUAAAAUGGCCUUUAUUUCCAAAAGACCCAUCUGUUCAGAACCUCCUGCUUUAUGAUUUUCUUCAAGAAUGAAUUUUCAUGUUUUUUAAACUUAGUGUUAUCAUCAGAUCUCCUGCAGAGUUUACAAGUGCUGACAUCCUUCCAGAAGUAAGAAUAAUUAUGUCCACAAAUAGAUACAUAUAUAUAUAUAACAUAUAAAAUAUAUAUGUCAAGUAUAUUAAUUUAUUUUUAAAUACUCAUGGAAAAGGUGUGUGUUUGUGAUGGGUGGUUUUUAAACAAUGUAUGCUUAUGUAAAUUGAAUUCUCUCAUUUUAAAAAUUAAAACUGUAACCUAAUUAACAUUAGUAGAAUUAUUGUUGUUAUUACAAUAAGCAUCAGAUUAGCAGUGCAUUAAAAAUAGGUAAUUAAGCAAUCACUUAAAAUGACAGUAAGUUGAAAAGUGUAACUUAUCAUUAUAUAAACAUUUUUAACCUGUUACAGUGAAAAUGUUGAUUUUUGAAUCUUGGCUUUGACUUUUGACUCAUGGGUGUGGGCAAUUCAUGUGGUGUAUAGGCAACUAUCAAGUGGAAGAAAACAUUGCUGUGAAUAUCACUGUUCUGGCUAACAUUGUAAAAAUUGUAAUAGUAUAUGAUUAAUUUAGAGAAUUAAUCUUUCCCAAGAUUACUUAUUAUUGGUAUUUAUACCAUGAUUUCACUUUAGCCUUUUACAUACUAAAAAAUUGACUUGUUGAUUGUAUUGCAUGCUAAUUGUCCCCGUAACAUGUGUGCAAUCACAGCUUGUUUUUAAAGGUGGUAUAACCAGACUUGUUUUUCUCAUUUUAUUUAGUUAAAACACAUUUUCAAAGUCCAUUUAACAUGCUAGAGGGCAAGCUCUCUUUGACUGUGGUACCCAGUGAUCUCCAGAAAGCACCAUAACGGCAUAUCUACUCUAUGUACAUUACACAAGACAAAUGAUUUUAAGAUUUAUUAUAUUACAAACCAAUUUUUUAAAAUUUCAACUAAAGUCUGACCCUCACACAAGAAAUGCAUUAGACACAUAACUUUGCUAUGGAACGUGGAAGCUGGCUCACUCCGAAGGGUAUCCCACUUACAUGCCAUGGCCUGAGCCGUGUGCCAUGUCUCACUUGGGUCUUAUUUAAAAAAAAAUUUUUUGUCCACAUGGGAAGCCAACCUUAGAGUUUCUCUUUGGAAGAAAAACCAAAGUUUCUGGGAAAACAUGUUCAAGGUUAAACUGAAAAAUGGAUCUAAUUUGUUUUGUACCGAAACAAAAUCUGUAUUUGAAUCGUUCUUUCAUUCUUCCCCACCCCUCCCCCCAAACUAGGUUACAGAUUCUUAACUACAAAAUUCAGAUUUCUUAGACACCAUUUUCCAGUAUUUUACAGGGUCGGUCAGUUGUCUGGAAGCUGGAAUAUUCUCUUCCAAGAAUUAAAAAGGAAGUUUUUAGAUUAUGAAAUAUUAUAAUAAAAAGCUAUAUUUCUGACUAA